UCCACCCAGCCACCAGCAGGUCUCCUAUAGCCUUCAGAGGACAGAUCUACCUAUCUAUUUACACCAUGCAUAUUAACACCCUGCUCAUAGCGUCAGCUCUCCUUUUGGGGGUCACCGUUGUUGCCAUUUGGCCUGCGGACCAUCUCCACAUGCAGUGCAAAGUAAUAUGGCUUAUUGCUGCCCCGUGCGAAGAUGUCUACAUAGCUGUGGUGAACCAGAUCAAGGCCUGGAGAGGAAGGGAAAGCUGUGAACAUGGAGGAAAGAACUGUCUGUAUGAGUUGGUUUCUGUGACCCCUUAUGAGAUCAAAGCCAAGAAAAUGUAUCCCAGCACCAGAAAUGUGAACGACCUCACCUUCAACCUCUAUCGAACCGAGGAGUCUUCCACAUGCCGCAUGUCGGGUGAUGCUAUCUCAGAGUCUUGGAUAAGCCUGAUGGAUAAUUGCGCCAACUACUGCAGCCUCAAAGACCUGCUAGUCGGAAGUGGGCUCAGUAAGAUUCAAGGAUUCCAGGAGUACACCAACGACUGGAUUUGCCAUGCGUACGAAUCAGCCAACUGUACAGUUAAGCGUUUCAGCAGAAGGAUUGGGGAAUGAAUACAGAUCAUGUAUAGCAGGGUUCUUCAAUUCCGGUCCUGGAGGGCCGAAACACUUCUGUUUUUUAUUUCUACCUGGUA